GAAAAAAAUAAAUUUCAGGCGAAAAACGAAGUUAGACCGAGAAACGGUCUUCUACCUGUUAAUGGCGACACAGCUCUUUUCCGAUCUCUGUUAUUCGGAGCUCUCUUCCGUCUCACUAUAUUCUCAGGAUUCCAGAAGUUGAGAAGUGGCAGUAAGUAAAAGGGAGAGACAUAGGUGAUGUCUUUCGACAGGGGUGGGAAGCAAUGGAAAUGUGGAAAGGGUGGCACUGUGAAUUUUCAAAGAGUGAGCUCAAUUGUCCGAGACAUUGGAGAGCCCUGUCUUCAUCAGUCACCUAUAAAAAUAAAGAAAAUGCUCAAGCCAGACAGGUGGCAGGCAACUUUUGAUAGUGAUGGAAAGAUACAUAAUUUUCAGAAAGUUCUGAAAUUGAUCAUUUUUGGGGGUGUUGAUCCAUCUAUAAGACCGGAAGUUUGGGAAUUUCUUUUGGGCUGUUACGCCCUAAGCAGCACAACAGAGUAUCGAAUGCAACUGAGGACUGCUCGGAGGGAACGCUAUAGAGACCUUGAAAAGCUGUGCCAAAAAAUGCAUUCCAGCAUUGGGACUGGUACCCUUGCUUUUGUUGUAGGGUCCAAAGUUAUGGAUAUGAGAACAUGUUCUAGAGGUGAUGGAAGAAGGGAAACAGAAGUUGAAAAUGCUCAAGCUUUCAGUGUUGAUACUAACAAAUUAGUCAGUUACUCUGAUCAGGACAACAAUUUUACAAAUACAUCAAAUGCAGGGGAAAUCUUUAGUGAUCCUGGUGACCUUGUAAGUGUGAGGAGAAGCACAGAUGGUGCAGCAUGUGACUCUUUCAGUUCUUUGCCUACUCCUGGUCCAUAUAGUUGUAGUUCCCCCAUAGUUGAUUCAGAAGCACAUGGAUCAGAAUAUGUAACUGGAAAUGAUUUUGACUUCCCUCCUUUGCCCGUGACAGAUUUGUUUGAGAAGAAUAGCAAAAAUAAGAAACUAUACAGGUCACAUGACAGUAGAUAUACACGACGUAAAUUGCGAUAUGGAGAUGAACGUAUGCACAGCUUUAGCAUAAAAAAUAAUGCUGAUCUAGUCAUUGAAUCAAAUGUUACCCAAUCUUAUGAUUCCUUGCCUUCACUGAAAUCUGAAAUUGAAAUAGUUUGUCCUGAUGUGACUGAUUCCAUUUCACAAUCUAAAAAAGUGGAGCAUAAAAUGGAGAUCUAUGACAGGAUUAGAAUUUCUGAUGCACCUGAUACAGCAGAUACGAAUGUGACUACAUCUGAAGGAGGUGCUUUUGAUGAAGAAAGAGUGUCUGAAUGGCUCUGGACACUUCAUCGAAUAGUUGUUGAUGUAGUUAGAACGGACAGUCAUCUUGAAUUUUAUGGGGAUACAAAAAAUUUGGCUAGGAUGUCAGACAUACUUGCUGUUUAUGCAUGGGUUGAUCCUGCAACAGGAUAUUGCCAAGGAAUGAGUGAUUUGCUUUCUCCUUUUGUUGUUCUUUUUGAGGAUAAUGCUGAUGCUUUUUGGUGCUUUGAAAUGCUUAUACGAAGAACGCGGGACAAUUUUCAGAUGGAAGGCCCAACUGGUGUCAUGAAGCAGUUGCAAACACUAUGGCAUAUCUUGGAAUUUACCGACCGAGAAAUGUUUUCUCACCUGUCAAAUAUAGGUGCCGAGAGCCUCCAUUUUGCCUUCCGGAUGCUGCUGGUACUCUUUCGUCGGGAGUUAUCUUUUGAUGAGUCUCUUUGUUUGUGGGAGAUGAUGUGGGCUGCUGAUUUUAAGAAAUCUAUGCCUUGCAAUCUAAAGAACUGUCCAGAAUUGUUGGUCAUCCAGAUUCCAAAGGAACUAGAUGUGGAAUUAGGAGAAGAAAGUGUUGAUAAUAAAAGUAAAGUUUCAAAUGAAUCAUCCUCAAAACAUGGAAAUGUGGAACAUACCAUCUCUGAGAACACUGGAAUGAAGUCACCUUUGGCUCAUCCAUUUUGUGGUUUGACUAGAAAUUUCUGGUCAAAAACUGAACACAUACAGAAUAGUGCUGCUGUGUCAUCGAUGUGGAGUGGUGAUGAUGAGCUUCCAGUUUUUUGUGUGGCAGCUAUCCUAGUUAUGAACCGCCAAAAGAUUAUUAAAGAAACCCGCUCGAUUGAUGAUAUGAUAAAGAUCUUUAAUGACAAUGCGAUAAAGAUUCGGGUGAAGAGAUGUGUGCGUACGGCCAUCAAACUCCGGAAGAAGUAUUAUUUCAAGCUGAUCAAAAGUAGAAGCAGCCCAGUAGCUCAAAAUGGAGAUUGAGGGUUUGCCAUCUUGGAUGGCAAAGGCAAGUCACAUUCAUAAUCCUUGUGACACUUUUGAAGUUGAGCAUAUAUUGGAGAUCUAAGUGAAAACUGCUAGAUGCAUGAGGAUUCAUCCCUCUUUUAGUACUCAAAGCCAACCACUUCUCUUCCAGGGUCAAUAUGCAAGAAGCAUGCUUUGCUUACUCAGACUAGCACAUGAAUAUGUUUUGCAGGCAAAAAGGGAUAUUAACAUUAUCAGCAAACAUUUUUGCGGAUCGGGGAGAAAGGGGGAGGGGGGAAGUAGGAAAAGAAAAGGAUCUUCAUAUUAUCUCUCUUGGCAUUCUGCAUUUUCUCAAUUACAGUAUCAUAACAAUGUUCUCAUUCAUUGGUGAGAUUAUAUUUACCUUUGUUGAAUUGCCAAUUAAUUGCAAAGAAAUUCAUUUUUUUCAGAACCAUGUGAGCUAUAGUAAAUAUUUGCAAGUAUGCAUUCUGUUCUAGUGUGAAAUAAACUUGUGCAUAAAUUUGGACCA